AUGGGCUGCGUUUCCUCCGCUCUGCUUAACCAGGAUGAUGACUUCUCCCAAAUCGGCGCCUCCGCCGCUUUCAGCCACCACAUUGUGUCCCUCACCUCCACCACUUACGGCCUGUUGACCCUCAACGCGCCGGAAACUGAAGUGCCGGCGAAGACAGUCCUCCCGCCGCCGCGGACCACUCUCGGCUCCCUCUUCCCCAGCCCACUUUCCGAGCCCCGGUCGCUCCGGCACCAGCCAUGCUUCGAGACCAUCAAUUCUUGGGACCUCAUGUCCGGACUCGAUUCCGACCAUAUUCCUAGCUUCAGAUUUGCCCCUUCCAAGAUUUCAAAUAAUCCUCCCGUCGCCGGCUGCAACGACGAGAAUCUGAGCCCCGACGUCGGAAACAGGCAGCCGCCGCCGUCGUCUUUCGCCAAGGAUCUGAACCGGUUCCUGGAGGGAUUCGAGCCGAUCUGCCCGCCGAACGGGGAGAACAAAGUGGUGCUGUACACCGCCAGUCUUCGAGGAGUCCGGAAGACCUUCGAGGACUGCAACGCCGUCCGAUCUGCGAUUCAGGGAUUGGGGAUUCCGGUGUGCGAGAGGGACAUCUCCAUGGACAGAGGGUUCAGGGAGGAACUGAGGGAGCUGAUGAAGGGAAAGAACGGCGGCGAAUCGGUGGUGCCUCCGAGGCUGUUCGUUAAAGGGAGGUACGUCGAUGGCGCGGAGGAGGUGAUGAAGACCGACUGGACUGAGAUCAGUGUGGAGAAGAUAUGGAGCGGUUCGAACCGAACCGGGUUCGAACCGAACUGGGGUUGA